AUGGGAGAUAGAACCCUUUGCUGCCCCAAUUUUGAGACAGCUGCUAGUUUUCGAUUGUUUGGUAUUGAGCUGAUAAACCAUUCUGUGAGCUUAACACAAUUAGAGAGGGCACCUAGACAACUUUUUACUAUGACCACUGGUACAACUGAAGGACAUGGUCCAAGUACCCUGUCACCCACUGAUUCUGACCAGACUUCUGACAUUUCAAAAGAUUCUAAAGAGAAAAAGCAGGAACAGUUACAAUUAUCAGCAAAGGAGAUCCGGAGCAGACAAAGUUGUUCUAGUUCUACAAGAAGUUGUACCAAGGUUCAGAUGCAAGAGGUAGCUGCCGUUCGUGCUGUUGUCUUGGCCAUGUUGGAAGUUUAUGAACUAGAGAGGAUGUUUGAUAUUAAGGGAGAACUUCACCCUAGGAUUAAGUGA